UAGGUAAAAACUAUAAUGUCAACUGUCUAUAUACAUCUUUCUCCAAAUCACAACAAAUUAAAAAAAAUACUGAUAGGUGUAAUUUUGCUACAAAAUACUAUUGUAAAAUUAUUAUUCAAUUAGCGAUUAUUCGAUUAGCAUUCAAUUUGCAAUUUUAAAGUCGUGUUAUUUAUACUUAAUUUAAAUUUGCUUCAAGAGUUUUUUAAACUAGAUGCAAUAUUUUUUAUCUAACCUAACCGGUUUGUACACUCAAUUUUUUUUAAUAAAUUAAAAUUCAGUGCACUUCCGUAACAAAUUACAGACAGUUUUAAAAAUGCUGUCUUUAAUCUGUCAGCAGAAUGCUAAAAUUCUACCUCAGUUAUUGUGCAAUGUUAGAUAUGCAAGUCAAUCGCAUAAACCCAAAACUGCCAUAAUUAUGUUAAACAUGGGAGGACCACAAUCAGUAGAUCAGGUUGGUGAUUAUCUUCAUAGAAUAAUGACAGAUCGUGAUAUGAUACAAUUGCCAAUUCAAAGUAAGUUAGGACCGUGGAUAGCUAGUCGCAGAACUGAGGAGGUAAAAAAGAAGUAUCAGGAAAUUGGUGGAGGAUCACCAAUUUAUAGAUGGACAGAUCUACAAGGCAAAUUGCUAACAGAAGCCUUGGAUCAAAUGUUACCUGAGUCUGCGCCCCACAAACACUACAUAGCAUUUAGAUAUGUACCACCAUUUACUGAUGAAGCUCUGCAGAAGAUGGAGGCUGACGGUGUGCAAAGAGCUGUGAUAUUCUCACAAUACCCGCAAUACAGUUGUGCAACCACUGGGUCUAGUUUGAAUGCGAUCGCUGACUUCUAUAAGGACAGGAAACAACCAAACAUAAAAUUCAGUUUGAUAGAACGAUGGGGUACAAAUCAGUUCUUGGCCACGGUUUUCGCUGAACGAAUAAAAGAGAAGUUGAAGCUAUUUGACGGGAGUGUCAGAGAUGAUGUCAUGAUUAUGUUCACUGCGCAUAGUUUACCAUUAAAGGCGGUAUCCCGCGGCGACACGUACCCUCACGAGAUAGCAGCUUCAGUUGCGGCCACCAUGAGUAAACUCCAAGUACCGAACCCUCAUAGGCUUGUGUGGCAAUCGAAGGUCGGACCCUUACCGUGGCUUCAGCCAUACACCGAUGAUGCUAUUAAGUCAUACGCAAAGAAGGGAGUCAAACACAUGAUCCUCGUGCCAAUAGCGUUCGUCAACGAACAUAUUGAGACGUUACACGAGUUGGAUAUUGAAUACUGUGAUGAAGUCGCUAAAGAGGCAGGUGUUAAGCAGAUAGAGAGGGCUGCAGCACCCAAUGACCAUCCCACAUUCAUAGCAGCAAUGGCCGAUGUUGUGGCCAAGCACUUAACAACUGGACCAAGUGUGUCCCGACAGUUUUUGUCCAGAUGUCCCCACUGUGUUAGUGCAAGAUGUCAAUCGUCAAAAGAGUUUUACAAAAAAUUAUGCAAUUAUAUUGAGUGCUCUAAAGAAAUGUAAAAAUUAUAAAUCAAAUUUAGGUUUUAUAUUAUAAACAGCCAAAGUUUGUCUGUUUAUUUAAUAAAAAUAUACGGUAUCUAUCGCGGAAUAUCUUGACUUGUUAUAUUGAUGAAAUUAGAUUGGUUUACAAAGGAAUACUGCCAGAUAAAAGCGUUUAAUUGUAAGAAGAUUGUGCAAUAAUAAUACGGCAUGGUCACUUGACUAAAUUGUGGUAAAUGGAUGGUCACGCGACUAAGGUGAAUAUCAUUCUAGGGUCAGAAAAAAAUUGCAACUGAUACCCAUCCUAAUGAUGUUAACAAGGCUCAAAGCGAUAAUUAGCCUACAGUCGUGACCAUGCAAUGAAUAAUAGUAAACGCAUUGUACUGUAUUUUCUAGAUAGUUUGUAUAAAGGACAUGACGUUGUUAUAAUGAAGCAAGCAAUCACAAUCUCAAUGCAUUUCAAUUAUAUUUAACGGAACUGUUUUCUAGAGUUUUAGGUUAUUGUAUAUAUUUGGUGGAUAAUAAAUGUUUUUGGUUA